CGCCGUACCCGUCUCAGUCAGUGCCGCCGAUGUCCUGCAGAACGCGACCAUCGUCGCGGCCACCACUAGCGGCUCUUCGCUUGCCUCCUCGCCGAACCGCCACUCUGACGAGGAGACUAAGUUCACCAGCAACAACACCAGUCCACUCAACGGACACUCCUCUCCGCAGCAGUCGGCAAAACUAGGAGGUAGUGGUGGUGCUGAUGGCAAAAACAACGGCCAUCAACAGCAACAGCAGCAGCAACUCAUCGUCUCCUCUGCCGCAGACAGUCUGGUGACCAACGGCGACGGACAGCAGACAAUUCUGGUCACCUCGAGUCUGGACGGCAGCGUUGUGACGACCAGCACCAUCACCAGCAACGGCCAGCCAGUUCAUCAACAACAGCAGCAGCAACAGCAGCACACCGAAGUGCAUAUCAAGAGUGAACACCUGCCCCAGCAUCAGCAGCAACAGCAGCAGCAGUCGGCGACAGUAUUAAGCCACCCGGGCGAAUCAGGUCUGGUGCACAUCAAGAGCGAGCCACUUGACCCGCUCCCACCGCUUGCCUCGCCCGCCCAGAUGGUCGACGUGCUGCCGGCCGGCGUGGUGGACCGCUCUCGCGAGCUGCAGCAGUCGCCGCCCGCCACUGUGAUCUCCCUCGCCCCUGCUCAGCCCUAUCCGCCCAACUCCGCCACGCAGCUCACCUUUGCGCCCACCACCUACGACCUCUCCGGAGGGCAGUAUUCAGUUCAGGUAAACGCGGCGACCGUCUCUCCGCAGUACGCCGCUGUCACGCCGACGGCAGCCGCAGCAGCGAGGAGCACCAACGGCGGCGGCACCUUCUACCUGACCACGGACGGAAACUACGUUGCAUAUCGCGAGUGCUACAACCCCGGCGCCACCAUCACCACCACCAACGGCAUCAACAUCAACGGCGGCGGCGGCAUUGUGACCAAUCUGGUGGGCAAUGCACUCGGCGUCGGCGACCAGUACCACACCGUCCGCCAGCACCUCACCACGGCGCUCAACGGACAGCAACAGCAGCAACAGCAGCAGCAGCAGCAAGCAAAUCAACAGCAGCAGGUGGUGAACGCCUACACGACAGUGCCCCUCGUGGGCGACGGCUCCGACGGAACCUCCUUUCUCGACCGGUACCUUCGUCAGCAGCAGCAGCAGCAACCAGUGACAGCGACCACAGUGGGCGUGAAUGGCGCGACGACGGUGACGGUUUCGCCGGCGGCAGUGGCCGUCGUCCCUUCCGGCGUGGCGCCGGUGUCCAAUGGUGUGCACAGUGGCGACCACUAUACCGUUUCCUCGCUGAAUCAGCAUCUUCUAACCGUUGAUUUGCCGUCCCCAGAUAGCGGACUUGGCGGCGACACGACGACGGCCACGCCGCGGCCUGACAAUGCCGCACUUCCACAAAUCUUCGAUUACAGUGGGCUGCAGGCGGCGGCGGCGGCAGGACAGACGACGGGGCUGCUGCCAGUGAAUGUGACCACUGAUCUCUCUGCAGUGGCUGCCACGCCCGGGCAGCAGGUGGUGGUGACCACGCCGGUGGCAGGGUCUGCCGGCAGUGUGACGCCCGCCUCCAUCGGCAAGUCCUCCAACCGGCGGUCCUGGCACGAGUACGGCCGCAACUCGGACGUCGACAAGAUUCAAAUUUCAAAGCUUGUGUCUGACGUUGGUCUGAAGUACUACCUGGAGUCGCCCAUUUCGACCAGUCAGCGAAGGGAGGACGACCGCGUCACCUACAUCAACAAGGGCCAGUUUUACGGGAUCUCACUGGAGUACAUCAACGACCCCGAUAAGCCCAUCAAAGCGGCCACUGUCAAGUCGGUAGUGAUGCUGGUCUUUCGCGAGGAGAAGACCCAAGAGGAGGAGGUGAAGGCGUGGCAGUUCUGGCACAGCCGCCAGCACUCCAUUAAACAGCGCAUCCUCGACGCGGACACCAAAAAUUCUUCCGGUAUUGUGGGGCCGAUUGAGGAGGUGGCUCACAAUGCCAUUGCCUUCUACUGGAACCCUCUGGAGGGGCCGGCCAAGGUGAACAUCGCCGUCCAGUGCCUCAGUACGGACUUUAGCAAUCAAAAGGGCGUCAAGGGCCUGCCACUGCACCUGCAAGUGGACACCUUUGACGACAUUAGAGAGGGCAGUCUGCCCAUCAACCGAGGAUACUGUCAAAUUAAAGUUUUUUGUGAUAAGGGCGCCGAGCGGAAGACUCGCGACGAGGAGCGCCGAGCAGCAAAGAGAAAGAUGAACGCCACUGGAAAUGGUCGCAAGAAGAUGGACGAUAUGUACCACCCGACGGCAGACCGGUCGGAGUUUUACUCCAUGAGUGACCUUCACAAGCCGCCGGUGCUCUUUACGCCCAGUGAAGACAUGGAAAAACUCACCACGGGCGACCUCAACUUCUACGGUCACGGCCCCGAUCUAGGUGAACGAGAUCUGUGUGAUAUGCCGAUGGCCUGUCCGCCGAAGAAGCUCAAGCUGGAGCGCUACCCGAGCACCAAUGAUCGCGCCUCCUUCUCGCCCACAGUGCUCCUGUACGCGAAGCAGGAAAACGAGGAGGUCUUCCACCCGCUACACCUGGUUCCGCCGACGCUGGUCGGCCUGGCUCUUGCUAUUGAAAACAAGUACAAAUUGGAGGCGAAAAACAUUCGCAACAUUUACAAGCGUUGCAAGAAGGGCGUCACAGUACAAAUGGACGACGACAUGGUGAAGCACUACUCGCACGAGGACACCGUUCUCCUCGAGGUGCACCAGAUUGACACUGAAACGCACGACAUUACCCUGGUGGAGUACGACGCCUGCUAA